AUGGACGAAAUCCAAACCAUCUACACGUCUUUCAAGGCCGCCCUCGACAAAUACUCGGCCGCCGUCACCGCGCUCAGCGAUAAUCUCGACGAGCCUAUGGAUGCCGGCUUUGACGCCGCGGCCGCGCGCAAGCCCGCCGCUCUCGGUCGUGCAGCCUGGGCGUGCCAUGAUGAGUGUGGCGAGUUUGUGCUGAGAGUGGCGGGGAUUCAGGCGGAGGUUGGGUCCGAGCUGAACGGGCUGCUGGGAAGGUGCUUUGAGUUGGGGGUGGAGCUGAGGGGGUUGAUGGGGGAUGAGAGGGAUGAGUAUGAGUAG